AUGGUAGAGGUGGAGGUUACUGGUCUCAGUGAUGAAGUGGACACAGAACAUCUCACCCUUUACUUUGAGAAUAAACGGAUAUCAGGUGGGGGCCCUCUCCUGUCCUGCACCAGAGAUGGAACAGAGGCAACACUCACCUUCCAAAACCUGACUGAUGCUGAGCGAGUUCUAUCUAAGUCAGAGCACAAAGUAAGCACGGUUAUUUUGCACUUGCGCAGACCCGCCCCCUGGGAUCCUGGCAAAUUAGCUCUGUGUGGGCUGAAUCCAAAUACCAGUGAUGUUUUGCUGGAGAUCUAUGUUGAGAAUGUGAGUGAGAGAGAGAAGUUCUGUAUUCAGCGCUCUACAGAUGGGACAACAGCCCUUGUCAUCUUCCAGGAGCCCCUUAGUGAAACAGGUAAACAAACUGCAAUGGACAAAAAAGGAAUAAAUGUACAUAUACAAAACUCCUUUAGGGGUCGCUCUUAACCAAAUGAAAUGUAAUAGAAAAUGGAAAAAACAGACAUUAAACCAAAACAAACUAAAUAAGUCCAUAAAGAAUCCUGAUAGAAAGGCAACCUCAGAGGAUGGUCAGAAUCCUGAUGGUGUGGGUUAUCUGAAAAAGGGAAAACACAGAUGCCAAAAUUGCCUAGUUCCAUCACUGGUAAUGUGCAUGUAACAAGUGGCUACUCACAAGUAUAGUGCACCCAAUGGUGCUAGAAGAACAGGCUGGUACUUCUCAGUUGUCCAGCUAACUGUAUAUAGACAGACAGCAAGGACUUAUGUCACCUGUACAAACAGUCAUGCUCAUGUAUCUGGUACACUCAUGCUCAUGUAUCUGGUACACUCAUGCUCAUGUAUCUGGUACACUCAUGCUCAUGUAUCUGGUACACUCAUGGCCAUGUGUCUGGUACACUCAUGGCCAUGUGUCUGGUACACUCAU